CUUAGCAGUGCCUAGCUAAUUACAAUUUAAAGUUUACUGAGCUGAUAAGAAAGGUACAGGUAAUUCUUGAAAGAAGUGAAGACAUUUUGGUGGUUAAACUACACGAAGUCAACACUCAUAGACACUUAUUUGAAUCAGGGAAGCAGUUUCUAUACGAAGAAAUUACAUGUUAACUGUCGAUCAUUUCACUCUGGCAACACAUUUUAAACAGAAAUAAGGUGGAAUUUUCAAAAAGGAAAUUCAAUUUAUUAAGACAUGAUUUUGUGGCAUAAUACGGAAGAAAACUGGGAAAGUAUCUUCAGAGGAAUCAAAAAGACUGGAGUGAAAUUUGUGAUAGCGACUGCUUUUAUAGUUUCCCCGCACCAGCCAUGGCUAACACUGAAUCUCAUCCUGAUAACAUUGGCAUUUUCAUCCAUGACAUUUUUCCUGAGAAAGACCGAGCAACGGGUUGAUAUUCUGAGAGGAAAUGAAUUUUAUGAAAAAUGCGUUGAAGAAUGUUUGAAAGAGAAUAUACUCCACCAUAUUAGAAUUACAAGGUUCUUCAACAUUUUUCAAUAUGUCACAUCAACGGUUUUUGGAGUUUUAAUAGGAGUGAGCAUGAUGGUUUUGGCUUCAUUAUCAAUAGUGCUAACAAAGGCAGAACUAUUUUCAUUCAUUUUCAUCAAAUUCGCAUUCAUCUUUUUCGUGGAACUUGUGGUAGUUUUUGGUUACUGUUUGAUGGGAACCUUUUUAACUGAUGAAGGUGAUGUCGGAGAGCACAGAUGAGAAUUGGAAAAGCGUAAUUAGAGGAGUAGACAAAUGUGGAGGAAAAAUAAUCAUAGCAGCCGCUCUAAUAGUGUCUCCUUACCAACCAUGGUUAACAUUCAAUUUUCUCAUGAUAUUCUCAUUAUUUUCAUCGAUGGCUUUCUUCCUUUAUGUGGGUGCAGUCAGCUUGUAUUAUGCAAGAGAUGACCUGAUUACAUUUGUCGAGAUAGCUCACGCUUACACAUUUAUGUUUGCAUUAUCGUUACUAUUAUUGAAACACUAUAUCUUCA